CAAGUUAUUCUAGUCGACCAUUCAAAGGCUUGAAGAGAUCCGCAUUUGGACACGUAUAACCAGAUGAACAUCAUGAAAGCCAUUCUGUGCUUUCUACUUGUUGCUGCUGUCCUUCCGUGGACUGAAGGCCAGUUUCCUAGAGUUUGUACCACCUUUGCAAGCUUGAAGAACAAGACAUGUUGUCCAAUCCCAAAACAUUUUUCCAAACCAUGUGGUAGUGACGGGGACCGAGGAACUUGCGAGGAAUUGGUCAUCCGUAAUUGGAAUUACAGUUACAGUCAUUUUGAACCGUUUCAGAUCGACGACGAACGACAUAACUGGCCCGGAGCUCUUUAUAACAAAAUCUGCAAAUGCAAAGGAAACUACGGCGGCUACGAUUGCGGCAAGUGCGAGUUCGGUUACCGUGGCGUCAACUGUACGAAAAAGAAAACGUUGACGCGGAGAAAUUUUCUAAAGUUGUCUGCAACGGAGAAAGAUCGUUACAUGCGAUACAUCAAUGAGUCCAAAUACUUUCAAAGUGACUAUGUCGUUACAACCACAUUUUUUGAAAAUAUCAGCGAUAUCGUUGAAGCAGGCGAAGAUCCGAGCGGGCUGUUUCACAACAUCAGUAGCUACGAUCUUUUUACGUGGCUGCAUUACGAUUCGACACGCGAUACCAUUUACCCCCACAAUGUCACGAAGACCCAAAUCGAUUUUGCACACAAAGGUCAGGGAUUUCCCACUUGGCAUCGACUGUACUUGCUCGCAUGGGAGAGGACACUGCAGGAAAUAACUAACGAUGAAGAUUUUGCUAUUCCUUAUUGGGACUGGACUGAAAACCAAACUCGAUGCAACGCAUCUAUUUGCUCUGAGGAUUCUCUCGGGGUUACCGACCAAUCGAACGGCAUUGUCAAGGGAAAAUACUUGGGCAAAUGGUGGACCAUUUGCACCCUAGAAGAGACAAAUCAACUCACAAAGCUUUGUAAUCCUAACGACAGGGUAACUAGACUGACGAGAAACACGGAAGAGGAUAAAGAAAAGGCGAUGAAAGAACGCGGUUUCACCAUGACGUUUCCAACAAGCGAGGAAGUCAGCUUUGCUCUUCGAUUUAAAUCUUACGACGUUCCACCCUACAGUAAAGAAUCCAGCUGCAAUUUCAGAAACAUCCUGGAGGGGAACAGUAACAGUAAAACAGGUUAUCGUUUGCCGAAUGCUCAUACUCUGCAUAACCAAGUUCAUAUAGUUAUUGGUGGAACUAUGGGAUAUGUGCCUUCGGCUUCCAACGACCCGAUCUUCCACCUUCAUCAUUCAUUCGUGGAUCGUAUUUUCGAGAAGUGGCUUCGAAAGUUUAAAAAGAAUGAUUCGGUUCUUUCCAAGUUCGAUGCGCCUAUGGGUCACAACAAAAAUGACGUCAUUGUGCCGUUGUUUCCAUUGUACACUCAUAAGGAGAUGUUUAGAGAAUCAUUCGAUUUCGGCUAUGAUUAUGAAGAUGUUGACUUGGAAGGCAAUUCCCUUGAUGACGAGAGUGGUGAUGAUUCGAAACUGGGAGAUUGUCCAGUGGCGUGUGAUGAUUCAGAAGAGUCUUUAGCUGUAUCCGGCAUUUGGUUUAGUUGGUGGCCAAUGUUUGUAAUUCCACUAAGCCAGUUACUUUUCAUUGAUUGA